CUCGUGACCUCAUUCUAUAUCUACCUCCUGCUCUUUCUCUUUGGAAGAAGGAUAGUUCGUAGAACACAGAGAUAUUAUUCAGAAUCAACUUAGAAAUCCCAUGGAACAAUCCUCACACGAGAUCACAUCCCCUCUCCUACCCAACAAGGAGAAGAAAGAGGAAAAAGAUGAAGAUGCCAACAUCAACCAACCAUCCUCAAGUGAAGAAGAACAUGUGAAUAAUGAUGAAAACUCGCCCAUUAAACAAGUGGCUCUAACGGUUCCAACAACAGAUGACCCUUCUCUUCCGGUUCUAACAUUCCGAAUGUGGGUGUUAGGAACCCUUUCAUGUGUUCUCCUAUCAUUCCUCAACCAGUUUUUUUGGUAUCGAACAGAGCCUCUAACAAUUACAGCCAUAUCAGCUCAAAUUGCGGUUGUGCCAUUGGGUCAACUCAUGGCUUCAAAAAUCACCAAACGUUCCUUCUUCAGAGGAACACGUUGGGAAUUCACCUUGAACCCUGGUCCCUUCAAUGUCAAAGAGCAUGUUCUCAUUACUAUCUUUGCCAAUUCCGGUGCUGGCACUGUCUAUGCCAUUCACAUUGUUACCGCUGUCAAAGUCUUUUACCGCCAACAUAUCUCCUUUUUUGUUUCUUUUCUUGUUGUCAUCACCACUCAGGUAUUGGGUUUCGGAUGGGCUGGCAUAUUUAGACGUUAUUUGGUGGAGCCGGCAGCAAUGUGGUGGCCAGCAAAUUUAGUUCAAGUUUCACUCUUCAGGGCCCUGCACGAGAAGGAGGAAAGGACAAAGGGAGGGUUAACGCGACUUCAAUUCUUCCUAAUCGCAUUUUUGUGCAGCUUCGCCUACUACGUGUUCCCUGGCUACAUUUUUCAAAUGUUAACCUCUCUCUCUUGGAUAUGUUGGCUAUUUCCCAAUAAUGUUCUGGCCCAACAAAUAGGCUCGGGCCUAUAUGGGCUUGGUGUAGGUGCCGUUGGGCUUGACUGGUCUGCAAUUUCAGCCUACCUUGGAAGCCCACUUGCAAGCCCAUGGUUUGCCACUGCCAACGUUGCUGCGGGAUUCGUGUUUGUGAUGUACAUUCUGACUCCAUUUUGUUAUUGGUUCAAUGUGUACGAUGCCAGAACCUUUCCCAUUUUCUCCGACAAACUUUUCACUUCAAAAGGUGAAAUUUAUAACAUCACAGAGAUAGUAGACUCCGAUUUCCACUUAGACCUUGCGGCUUAUGAGAAAGAAGGGCGACUCUACCUCAGCACUUUCUUUGCCAUGACCUAUGGCGUUGGCUUUGCUGCACUUACCGCCACCAUUGUGCAUGUUGCUCUCUUUCACGGAAGAGAAAUAUGGGAGCAGAGUAAAUCAAGUUUUAAGGAAACAACAAUGGACAUACACACCAAGCUUAUGCGGAGAUACAAACAGGUUCCUGAGUGGUGGUUCGUGUGCAUACUCAUCGCAACUAUUGCAGCUACCAUCUUUACUUGUGAAUAUUACAUCGAACAGCUUCAGUUGCCAUGGUGGGGUGUUCUGCUGGCAUGUGGCAUUGCCAUCAUCUUCACUCUCCCCAUUGGGAUAAUAACUGCAAUCACAAAUCAGAGUCCAGGUUUGAACAUAAUCACCGAGUACAUCAUAGGGUAUAUCUACCCAGGAUAUCCUGUAGCUAACAUGUGCUUCAAGGUUUAUGGUUACAUAAGUAUGACACAAGCCAUCACUUUCUUGCAAGACUUCAAGCUCGGCCACUACAUGAAAAUCCCUCCCAGAACCAUGUUCAUGGCACAGGUUGUGGGAACGCUUAUAGCUGGUAUUGUGUAUUUGGGUACCGCAUGGUGGUUAAUGGAAACCAUCCCUGACAUAUGUCAAGACACAUCCUCUGUUUGGACUUGUCCAAGUGACACAGUGUUCUAUGAUGCAUCAGUUAUUUGGGGUUUGAUUGGACCAAGGAGAAUAUUUGGAGACUUGGGCACCUAUGAGAAAGUGAAUUGGUUCUUCUUAGGUGGAGCUAUUGCUCCUUUACUAGUUUGGUUAGCUACUAAGGCAUUCCCACAACAAGAGUGGAUCAGACUCGUAAACAUGCCUGUGUUGAUAGGUGCCACAGGAAUGAUGCCUCCAGCAACUGCAGUGAAUUACACUAGUUGGAUCAUUGUUGGUUUUCUCUCUGGGUUUGUUGUUUAUAGGUACAAGCCAGAAUGGUGGCGGCGUCACAAUUAUGUGCUCUCUGGGGCCCUUGAUGCGGGUCUUGCCUUUAUGGGGGUGCUUUUAUAUCUAUGCCUAGGAUUGGAGGAUAUUAGUAUCAAUUGGUGGGGAAAUGACCUUGAUGGUUGUCCCUUAGCUCAUUGUCCAACGGCUAAAGGACUUGUGGUUCCGGGUUGUCCCGUUUUCACUUGACUAGAAUGUGAUUAGCUUAGUUAUUGUUAUUAGCACUCUUAAUUCAUGCUUUCAACUUCAACCCUUGCAUUCCCUUACUCUGUAAAAUGUAUAUA